AUGGAUGCGAAUGCAUCAGACCCCUGCAGUAACUACACUGAAGCCUGGCUGUGGCUGUCCUCUCUGCAGCCGGCAUACCUGGGACUGAUCAGUGCUGUGGGGAUGGUGGGAAACGGCCUGGUUCUCUGUGUGUUCUUCCUUCAGAGGAAGCCCUGCACCGUGGCAGAUAUCUACCUUGGGAACCUUGCUGCUGCUGAUCUGGUAAUGUUGUUCUGCCUUCCCUUCUGGGCUGUUACAAUCACACAGGGAUAUCAGUGGGAAUUUGGAGAGGUCCUCUGUAAGCUGGUUAAUGUGGCCAUCUCAACAAACUACAUCUGCAGUGUUCUGUUCCUCAUGCUGGUUAGCUUGGACCGAUACCUGGCUCUGGUGAAGCCAAUGAACCCCAGCCGUCUAAGAAGAGCUACCUGGGCUAAGCGUAUCUGCUUGGGGAUUUGGAUCCUGGGCUUUCUUCUCAAUUUGCCCAUCUUGCUCUUCCGUACUGUAAAGUAUGAAGAAGAUCCUGGUGUGUACGCCUGCAUUCUGUCCUACCCUCAACCGAACUGGAUUGUGCACCACAACAUUGCCAAAAACGUGUUGGGCUUCGCAAUCCCAGUCCUGGUUGUGGGAUACUGCACCUAUCACAUCAUGGCUGCUCUGAAAAGCGGGAGACCCAUCAGACUUCCAGGGUUGAGGGCGGAGAGGAAAGCCACCAACUUAGUUCUGGCUGUGCUGGCAGUCUUCCUCAUCUGCUGGGCGCCACACCAAGUGAUGUGCUUUCUUGACACUCUGGAUUACUUCCACCUUACACCUGGAUGCCUCUGGGGUCACGUCUUAGACAUCUGCAUACAGCUGUCUGCAUAUCUGGCAUACAGCAACAGUGCUAUUAACCCCUUCCUGUUUGUCAUUGUGGGGAAACAUUUCAGGAGAAAAGUAAAAGAGGUGUUUGGGAAAACUUUGAACUCCUGGUCAAAAGACAUUACUUACCUCACUGUGAGCUUCACCUCAGUGAAUAGACUCAAUAAGACACACCAUAUAAGCCUAGGAAAACUUGAAACAUUUGGACUAAAGCAAACUGUCACAUGA